AUGAUGAAGUGCCGCAACUGCGGCAUUGGCGGCAGUGGCAUCACCAUCGAAAUGCUAAGGCCCAGCCCAGGGAGGCAGUUCCUGGCAGUGCUGCACAAGAACUUCCUGCUGCAGACGCGCAGCGGCCGCUCUUUCUUUGGGGCUGGGGGAUGGGUGGCGCUCCUGCUGGAGAUCCUCACGCCAGCCGCCUUCUUCCUGCUGAUGUGCCUACCCAAGUACUACUUCGAUGAGGAGGCAUUGGAUCGGGCUGCAGCAGAGCCAGAGACAGUGGACGCCAUAAUCACGUUUGACACCGGCGCGAAUGACGGAGACAUGUCCUACAUUGUACGCGGCAAUCACACAGAACUGCCCUCCACGCGCCUCACCUACAAUGAGUUUGACCUGCUGCCAGAUCCCCAGUACCGCAUGUACUGGCUCUUUGCCAACAUCCAGCAAGCGCUCGACAGGGCAAUCCUGGGGCGCUCCCUGGGGGAGGGAGAGCGACCAGCAAGGGUGGAUGUGGCGGUGAAGCCAUUCCCCUGGCCGGCAGUGACAUUCGACCCAGCCGCCAUCGCCGCGGCUGCCGCUUUCAACCUGCUGCUCGUGUUUGCUUUCCUGAAUCCCACGAGGGUCGCAGUGGCGACUGUUGUGCGCGAGAAGGAGCUGCGCCUGCGAGAGGGCAUGCGCAUCCUCGGCCUUAAGGAUGCUGCAUACUGGAGCGCGUGGGCGCUGACGCAUUUUGCAACGAUGGCGCUAUCGGGGGCGCUAUGUGCUGCAAUCGCGCUAUACCCCUUCCCGCACACAGACCCUGUGCUGAUGCUGGCGCUGCUGUGGCUCACGGCUGCGGCGUUGCUGGCGUUUGCGUACUUCCUGAGUACUCUCUUUUCCAAGUCGCGCGUGGCCGGCAUGGCCUCUGCCAUGCUCUACGCCGUCGCCAUGGUGCCCGGGUACAUAAUGCCUACAUUCCAGCCGUACGGCGGCUGGGGCUGGCCACUGGCGUGCCUGCUGCCGCCUUCGGCCAUCUCGCUGUUCGCCACGGUGCUGCUGAAACUUGAGGGGUCCCAGCGGGGGGUCAGCUGGAGCACUGUCCACCUCAACAUGACCUCACAGUACCCCUUCUCCGCUGCCACCGUCCUCCAGAUGCUGGCUUUUGAUGUCCUGCUCUACGGGCUGCUCACCUGGUACCUUGACCAGGUGGUUGCCAGCGGGUAUGGGCAGAGCCUGCCAUGGUACUUCCCAUUCCUGCGAUCCUACUGGCGGCCGUCAGCGCGACACAGCGGGGCCAAGUCUACCCAGGGACUAGCUAUCGACGAGGCGGUAGAUGCAUCUGCUGGAUUGGGGGAUGGAUCUGCCGGGGAACCAGCCGUAGCGAUCAGGCACCUGUGCAAGGACUUUGCAACCACUGAUGGGGCCCUGAAGCGGGCAGUUGACAAUCUCACGCUGGACGUGCCGGCGCAGCAAGUCACCGCCCUGCUCGGGCACAACGGGGCCGGCAAGACGACGGCGAUCUCCGUCCUGACAGGCAUGCUGACGCCGACAAGCGGGGAUGCGCGCGUCUACGGGGCGUCCAUCCUGACAGACAUGCCGCGCAUCCGGCAGAGCCUGGGGGUGUGCCCCCAGUUCGACAUCCUGUGGCCGGAGAUCAGCGUGCGCGAGCACCUUGCGCUCUACGCCGCCAUCAAGGGCUACCGGGGGCACGACGCGCACACUGUAGCGGGCUCUGCUGCUCGGGACGUGGGGUUGGAGGAGAAGCUGGAGUCAAGGGCCGAGGAGCUUUCGGGCGGGCAGCGCCGCAAGCUGAGCGUGGCCAUUGCGUUCCUGGGGGACCCCUCCAUCGUCUUCCUCGACGAACCCACCUCCGGCAUGGACCCCUACUCGCGCAGGUUCACAUGGGAGGUGAUACGGCGCAGCCGGGCAGGCCGCGCGAUAGUGCUGACGACGCACUCCAUGGAGGAGGCCGAUCUGCUGGCCGACCGCAUCGCCAUCAUGGCUGCCGGCCGGCUGGUUGCGCAGGGAACGCCCCUGGACCUCAAGGCCCGCUACGGCGUCGGCUACACCCUUACGGUCGUCAAGCAGCGCGCUCCCGAGUCAGACAGGGUUUCCAGCGCGAGGUCAGAGGAUGGCAGGAGCAGCGUGGCGUCAAUGUCGCGCGUGGUCUCCACGCGUUCCCUCUCCGAUCUGUCAGAGGGCGAUGCCUCCCUGGACGCCCUGAUCAGGCGCCAUGUGCCCCAGGCCGUCCUCGUCAGCAGAGGCCCUGCUGAGCUGGCCUUCCGCCUGCCCAAAGAGGCAACCUCACAGUUUCCGGCGCUGCUGCGGGAGCUGGAAGACAGCAAGGCGGACCUGGGAGUGGACAGCUAUGGCCUUGAGGUGACAACCCUUGAAGAGGUCUUUCUGGCCGUUUCCGCUGCGGUGGCCGCCGACGCCAAAGCCGGCCAGCCGCGCCUGCCGGGACCAGCCGAAGAUGCCCAGAAAGCAGAGCAGGAAGAGGUGGCAGUAGACGUGGAUGGUCUGUCUGGCGGGGCCGGCAGCCGAAUCAAUGAGGCCAAGGGGAGCCAGGCAUCUGUGACUCUGCUCAGGGGCCUGCCGCUGUACGCGCAGCAGUGGCGAGCGCUGUUUGUGAAGCGGGUGGUGAGCGCGAGGAGGGACAAGCUGGCAGUAGUGAUUCAGCUGCUGGUGCCCAUUGCGCUCGUUCUGGUGGCCCUGUGGGCGCGCCACGCCACCGACGCAUUCCCCCAGGAGCCAUACCUCUCCAUCUCCAGGCAGGACUGCCUGAGGGACCAGCCGGCGUUGUUCGGUGCGACACCGGACAUCCGCGCAAAUGCAACGGCGCUGGCCGCCUUUGCUGCAGCGUACCCGGCCGACAAGCUGCGGGACACAGGCGAGCAACGGCUGUGGAACGGGCCAUUUUUCGCGCCGGCAGCAGGCACUCUGGACGGCUGGCUUCUGGACCACUGGUACACUGGGACAGCGCAAUAUGACGCUCUCUUUGUGAACAACUUCACCAGCGCCUCUGAGGUGCUGGCACAGGGCGGCAGCGUGUCCUACACACUGAUGUUCAACACAACGGCCACGCAUGGGCUGCCAGCGGCCCUCAACGCAGCCAGCAAUGCGCUGCUGCGGUCUAUACAGGGGCCAGAGUAUCAGGGAAACAUCCGCGUGGCCAAUCACCCCAUGCCCACCCUGCAGAACGAGGCUGCCGUCAAGUUCAGCAAGGUCGCCGGCGACCUGCUGCUGGUGCUGUGCCUGACGAUGGCGGCGAGUGUGCUGAGCGCCAGUUUCGCGGUGUUCCUGGUGCGUGAGCGCGAGUCACACUCCAAGAGCGUCCAGGUGGUGGCCGGCGCGCCCCCCUCAGCAUUCUGGGGGGCCACCUACGCCUGGGACCUCCUCAACUUCUCCAUCCCAGCCCUCGGCAUCAUAGUGUGCUUCUUCUGCUUCGACCUGCCCCAGUUCCGCGGCGAGCGCAUGGCGGCCGUCGUGGCACUGCUCUGGCUCUUCGGCGCAGCAGGCCUCGCUCUCACCUACCUCCUCAGCUUCGCCUUCUCUGAUGAGAUGUUGGCGCUCCAGCGCAUUAACAGCUACACCUUUUUGAUUGGCUACCUGGGCUUCCUGGCCACUUGGAUCCUGGACACCGUCUACUCCCUCCUGCACCGCGCCGGCGUCAAAGCCACCGAUGACGGCCUCAAGACCGUCCUGCGCGCAGUGUCGCCCCACUAUGCCCUCGCCAGGGGUAUUUACGAGGUGACUGAGACGUACGGGGAGGAGAGAGGGGAGCCCAACACCUCCCCCUGGGUCUGGAAUGCCGCUGGACAGCAAAUGGCAUGGAUGGGCAUCCAAGCCGCUGUAUACAUGGUGCUCACUUUGCUGGUGGAGUCUGGCUGGCUGGGUCGCACGCAUGCGUCAGCCAAGCAGCUGCUCCGGCGGUGCUGGCGCGCCGUUGGCCGCGGCAAGCGGAGGGCCGGGGCAGGCUAUGACAGGCUGCAGCAGGAAGAGGAGGCGGGUUUGGAGGACGGUCUGCAGGGCUGGGAUGACGAGAAUGCAUAUGAGGAUGAGGAUGUCAGGGCGGAACGCAUUGCCAUGCAAGCAGGUGCGAGGCCGGAGGAGUGGCAGGUGCUGGUGGCGGGUCUGGAGAAGUGGUACAGCCGGGGCACAUGGCAGCCCCCGCUGCGUGCGCUGCGAGGUUUGUGGCUGGGGGUUGGCGAGGGCGAGUGCUUCGGCCUGCUCGGCGUCAACGGCGCCGGCAAAACCACCGCCUUCCGACUGCUCACAGGCGAGCUGAGGCCGGACGAGGGUGAUGCGUUCGUGGCGGGGCACUCCAUCAGGACUCAGCUUGCAGCUGCGCGGCAGCAGCUGGGCUACUGCCCUCAGUUCAGCGCGCUGCCGGGGGCGCUGACUGGGCGGGAGGUGCUGCAGAUGUAUGCGCGUCUCAGGGGCGUUCCCUCGGACCACAUCGAGCACACUGUGCAGGACCUGCUCCAGCGCAUCGACCUGACAGAAUACGCGGACAGGCAUGCCUUGCACCGUUCUUGUGCCCACCCAUAUUCUCGUUCAGCUUGUCUGCUUAUGCACCUUGCCUCUUGCAGGAAACGCAUGGUGUGCGAGACGUACAGCGGGGGAAACAAGCGCAAGCUGAGCGUGGCAGUGGCGCUGGUGGGGGGCCCAGCGGUGGUGCUCAUGGACGAGCCCUCCACCGGCAUGGACCCGGGCGCCAAGCGGUUCCUGUGGGACCUCAUUCAGAAGCAGGUCGUCGACCAGGGGCACACGGUGCUGCUGACGUCGCACAGCAUGGAGGAGUGCGAGGCGCUCUGCAGCCGCAUCGGCAUUCUGUCGGCCGGCCGCCUGCGCUGCCUCGGGGCCGUGCAGCACCUGAAGAACCGCUUCGGCGCCGGCUACCUGCUCACCCUGCGCCUGAACAGGCAGCGCUCGGGUCCCCCUGCCGCCGCCGGGGGGCCAGGCCCCCCGCUGCAGCCUGUGGAGGCCGCUGCGGUGGCGUGGGUGCAGCGUGCAGCGCCUGCCGCGCAGCUGCAGCCGACAGGCGGCCGGUCGCCCGACACCCUCUGCUUCAGCAUUGCGCAACAGGAUUUGGACCUGCCGUCCCUGUUUGCCAGCAUGGAGGCUGCGCGCGCUGAGCUGGGAGUGGAAGAGUACUCCAUUUCGCAGACCACCCUGGAGCAUGUCUUUGUGGCGCUGGCCGAGAUCGGCACGCAGCAAGACAGCACUACUGCCAUGCAGUGA